AUGGUGAGCGACGUCGACAGCGAGGACCAUCGUUCUCCUGGUGUCUGCGAUGCGUGCGGAAUCGCCCCUGCCGCACUGCGCUGCGAGGCCUGUCGCCUCGAUUUGUGCGUGCCCUGCUCACGGACGCGUCACCGCAGCAGCCUCCAUCUGACCACAGGCCGCUUCCGCUUCUACCGCAAACCAGGACACGACCAAGCGGACGACUCACCGUCCACUGCCUCACCACCCAGCUCACCCGCAGCCGAAGAGCUGCGCAGCUCGUCUGAGACGACAGCUAGUGACGCGCUAUGGGGAUUCGACGAUGCGCGACCACGCAGCUUCUCCGACUACGCGGCGUUGGGCGACACCGAGCGGUGGCGUGCGCAGGGAGAACUCAGUGAGCUCUGGGGGGCCAUGCAGACGGAGUUUGUCUCGCGCCACGUAAUCGUGCGCUGCGGUGCCGGUGUCUGGGAUGCGCUGGACGUGCGCCGCGUUGUGGAUCGACUUAACAACUUUGGGAGUGUGGCCAGCACACGCCGCGAGCUGACUGCAAGUGGAUUGCUCUUCUGCACCUUCUUCGAUCUUGCGAGUGCAGUGGCGGCUGUUGGCCGCUGGCGCGCUGAUAUAGACAUCAUUAGCUUUUGUCUACCCUACGAACUGCCGGAUGACGUCAACUCGGCGACGCUGCUCGUACGUUUCGCGCUCGGUGGGUCGCCUCCUACGGCUGCCGAGCUUCGUCAUGUCUGUACGUGCUUCGGCCAAGUGGCCAGUGUCUUGCAGCCUGAUACACAAAUAACCAAGUACAUCGUCGAGUACAGCGACUCCCGUGCACUACCAGGCGCACUUAACGGCCUGCCACACGCCUUCCACGCCAGUGGACCGGUGUCUGUGGCGCGCACUACACCUCUAUCCUUGGAUGUUUCCAAGCUUCAACUCUUCCAGGAGUGUCUGAAUCGAUCAGCAACCACCCAUCCACGAGUAACUAGAACUCGCCCCAAGAGCUUCUCGUCUAGCAGCACGUCGCUUCUGACGUCGCCUACCUCGUCCGUCGCGUCAUCCCUCAACACGUCCUUCCUGGAAGGUGCUGGUAACAAUAGCCCAAUGGCAUCGACCACGUCGGCCACAUAUCCUGGAGAGAUCACGUCCCCGGUGUUCAUGCCUCAGGAAGAGCAGCAGAUUUGGGCGAGACCAGCGCUUCGGGUCAGAAGCAACUCGUCCUCAGCGUAUCUCGGCGGUUCUUUGUCGUCCAGCAGCUUUGGCGAUUCGGCGUAUUCCAACGGGUUUGCACUUCCGUCGUCCAGCAGCAUCGACACGUUGUCGAGUCGCGCCAAUGGAUAUUCGUCGUUCCAGGGUGUCAAUCAACUACAGCCUUCCGGUAACCAGAUACCCACAGAGCAACAGCAGCAAUCUUAUUACGACUUUCGAGGACGACAGCGUAUGCCCACCAAGUUUGCCGCCAUGAGAAACAGUUUUAGCAACAACGACCACUUCUUCCGAACAAAUGCUAAUGCACUCAGUGGUGGCCACGCUCCUGCUCACGGUGUGGGCUCCGCAGGGCGCCCCACGACUGGGCGGAACGAUCAAGGUACCGGGGAAUUCAGCAUGUCAAUCGAAAAGGUGGCGUCGGGCGAAGAUAAACGAACCACAUUGAUGAUCCGUAACAUCCCCAACAAGUACACGCAGCAGAUGCUGCUCUCGGAGAUCAAUCGUAACCAUCGCGGCAACUACGACUUCUUCUACCUGCCCAUUGACUUUAAGAACAAGUGCAACAUGGGAUACGCUUUCAUUAACUUCAUUGAGGCGGCGCUUAUCGAAGCGUUCCAUAAGGAGUUCGACGGACAGAAGUGGACCAACUUCAAUAGCGAGAAGGUCUGCGCCAUCUCAUACGCGCGUUUGCAAGGCAAACAGGCAAUGAUCGCUCGAUUUCAGAACUCGAGUUUACUCGACAAGCACGAGUCCUAUCGCCCGCUGGUCUUCGGUAGUUCUGGCCCGAAUCGAGGCAAACCUGAGCCAUUUCCAGCCCCAAAGCAGAUUGUUCACAAAAAGCAGUCGGUGCACUUGCCACAUUCCCCAGGAGUAUUUGGGGCUGACGAAUAUGGCAGCUACGUAGCCCAUCGAAUGUAUGCGCAGCAGCCAUCGCACCAGCAGCAGAUGCACCAACAGCAUUCGCUUGCUGUGUACCCUCAGUCACUUGUGGGGAUGCCUCAGCAUGCCAUGCCUCCUCUUCCGACAGCCCACUUCGGCCCGCAGGCACUACCGUUGCAGUAUCCCCCCUCGUACCAGCAGAACGACCCCCGCUUGACGUCGCCGUUUUUAUACGGGGUUGCAGGGAUGCCGUCGAAUACGCUGGAUUACUCGCUUUGA